AUGACGAACGUGAUUGAAGAUGGACCGCUUCCGAGUUUGUAUGACGCCGAUAUUGAUACGCUUGCAAAGGGGCUCGCAUGCGGAGAGUUCACCAGUCACACCUAUAAUGCCCGAAUCCACGGAGUCAACCAUGACCUGAGUGCUGUCACCGAAAUCAACCCCGAUGCGUUGUCCAUUGCCUCUGCCCUCGACACGAGCGGUCAAGCGGUGCAGUUCGGGGCUUCGGGAAGCAGGGGCCAUUAUUUUGGGGAAACGAAUCCUUCCGAAUGGGGAAACUUCAGGAUAUCGCUCAAUUCCAGUAACGGCUGGUCAGCCUAUGGUGGACAAACCUGCGGUCCCUUCUACCCUCACCAAGAUCCCUCGGGUAGUUCCAGCGGCAGUGGUGGUAGCUGCGUACCUAGGCUGGGAUUAGCAGCACUCUGCUUGGGUGGUGAAACUGCUGGUUCCAUCAUAGAUCCCGCCAGUUACAACAAUAUCAUGGAGCCAACAAGCAUCGCGGGCGUUGAUCCCUUCAAUAACUAUAAUUCUGCCAUCCCGUCUCAUGCCGAUCUAGAUUUAGUUGGCGCUUGCAAACUUACCGCUCUUGCCGGUGCUCGAUUGGGUGUGCCUCGCAAUGUUCUUUCACUCAUGGCAAGUAACGAGGCAAUGAUUAAGGCUUUUGAUAAAUCCUUGCAUGUUCUACGCUCAGCUGGCGCUCUGGUCAUCGAAAACACCAACUUCCCGGCGGCAAAAGAGUUCAUCAACAACAGUUUGUUGAGCGCCCAAAUCAUGGGGGGCGAUUUCGUCGUCAACAUGGAGAAGUAUCUGAAACACCCGCUGGAGGGAUAUCCGGACAAACCCACCGAACUCUGGGACGCAGCGUUACAAAACUGGAACAACACGGAAUAUGGUUUCUGGCGUGCUUACCAGCAAGGCCUAUACUACGGUGACGAAGGUGGUUUAUUGGGAGCAAUCAAGCGGUAUAACCUCGAUGCUAUUGUUCUACCAUCUCAUUUCUCGUGGGACUGGGCUGCGGUUGCCGGUGCGCCUAUUGUGUCCGUUCCCAUCGGAGCCAUGCCGCCUGGCCAGCCCAUCGUAUCCGACGCCGAUGGAUUAGUGUCGGCGGCUCCCAAUAUCCCAUUCGGCUUCAGCUUCUUGGGGGCAAGGUUCACUGACGCGAAACUCAUUGGGUUGGGUUAUGCUUUUGAACAGCGAACGAUGAUCCGAAAAACGGUGCAUCCUUACAUUGCGCCCCGGACAGACCUUGGGAGUGUAGUCGGGGAGGCAAGACGAGUGGAGAGGAUACUUGAGUAG